AUGGAAGAAUCACACCAUCCUCGACAUGACGGGGACCAUGUUGAAGGAGAAAGGCCUACAGAAGAGUUUUUAGGGAGAGGAAACAGCAAGGCAAUGUUUGUAGAAUUUAAGCAGGAUAUGUUCAAUGAGUUCGAGAUGAUUGACGGUAGAUUGAUGUCCUUCUUCUUGGGCAUCAAAGUGAAACAACAAGUCAGCAACAUUUAUAUAUCUCAAAAGAAGUAUGUAAAGGAACUUCUUGAAAAGUUCAAGAUGACCGAUUGCAAUACCGUAAAUAUACCUGUAGCAACGGGCCUGAAGCUGACAAAAGAAGGAGAAUUAAGAAGUGUGGACUUAACAAUAUUCAAGAGUCUGAUUGGAAGUCUCAUAUACUUCACAUUCACUAGGUCAGAUAUUGUAUACAGUGUUAGGCUUUUAAGCAGAUACACGGAAGUACCAAAAGAAUCACAUUGGCUCGUUGCAAAAAGAAUCCUCAGGUAUGUCAAAGGAACCGUGAAAUUCGGUCUCUUCUAUCCAUACAAUGAUGAAGUAAUAUUAUAUGGAUACUCAGACAAUGAUUCGGGAGGUUAUCAAGAUGAAAGAAAAAACACCAAAGAAUAUGUAUUCUAUCUUGGGUCGACUACCUUCACAUGGAACUCAAAGAAGCAAAGUGUGGUCACUUUGUUCAUAUGUGAAGUAGAGUUUGUGGCAGUAUCAUCCAUAGUUUGUGAAGCAAUAUGA